AUAUUCUGCAGAGUGAAAUCAAAUCUUCAAGUCAUCAAAGCAAAUAAUCAAACAAUCUUUCGACAUGAAAUUGUUACUUUCCUGUGGAAUUUUGGCUAUCAUUUUGGCUGGUGCUUUUGCUGCUCCCCAGGGAAAGGAUGUCGAGGUUGUUGAACAGUCCUAUGAGAACACUGGCUCAGAUGGUUAUAAGUUUAGUUACUCCCUAACUGAUGGCACCAGCCGCUCUGAACAAGGAACUGUCGUCAAUGCCGGUACAGACAAUGAAUCUCUUUCGGUAAAAGGUUCAGUUAGCUGGGUGGCUCCUGAUGGCCAAACAUAUACUGUGAAUUUCGUUGCUGAUGAAAAUGGUUUCCAACCUGAAGGUGCUCAUCUGCCCAAGUAGUUGAAAAAAUGCCAUCGAUAUCUAUGCCGGUUACCCUUACUGUCUUUCGCAAUUGUAAUUAUUCUGUGAAUAAUAAAAUAUUUAACUGCAGAAAUGAAUACUCA